AUGACAUUCUAUCAUAUGAAGAAUAAUACUAUGAAUUGUUAUACAUAUAUGUAUAUAACUAUAUCUUAUAUAAUAAUAGGACAAAACAGUGUAUAUUACACUACUGAUACAACUACUACAACAAUAAUUACUACUACUACUACUACUACUACUACUACUACUACUACUACUACUACUACUACUACUACUACUACUACUACUACUACUACUACUACUACUACUACUACUACUACUACUACUACUACUACUACUACUACUACUACUACUACUACUACUACUACUACUACUACUACUACUACUACUACUACUACUACUACUACUACUACUACUACUACUACUACUACUACUACUACUACUACUACUACUACUACUACUACUACUACUACUACUACUACUACUACUACUACUACUACUACUACUACUACUACUACUACUACUACUACUACUACUACUACUACUACUACUACUACUACUACUACUACUACUACUACUACUACUACUACUACUACUACUACUACUACUACUACUACUACUACUACUACUACUACUACUACUACUACUACUACUACUACUACUACUACUACUACUACUACUACUACUACUAAGAAUGAUAACUACGUAAAAAAUACCAUUAAAACGGAUUAA